AUGAAGCAAGAAAUCGUUCAAAAACAAUUUAAUAAAACUGAAAUGUAUGAUACUAAUAAUGCCAACGACCCCCUAGAAAAUGAAAUGAACCCAUUAAAACUGCCAUCAUCCCCUGUAUCUAAUAAUUUUACACAUAUAAGGUAUCAAAGAUUGGUUGAAGUUUGUGAAAGAGCAUUACAUCAAGUUUUGAAAAAUUUACAAGAUUUUACUAAAGUGCGGUACUGUUAUCCGAAUUAUGCCAUUACACACCAACAGGAUUUAAUAAAUUGUCAACAACAGAUUGUAGAAUUGUGGUAUCAAUUGUGUUCAAACGAAUUUCGGGAAAUAUUUCAAGAAAGGCAGCUGGAACAAAAGCUAAACGAGCUAGAUGAUCUCAUAGAAGUUGCAAAGAAAAAAAAAUAUGAAUAUUUGGCCCAAGAGGAAGUUGAAGAGGAAAAAGAUGCAAAGGAACGAUAUAAUAAUAAUAAUAAUAAUAAUAAUAAUAAAGAAGUGCACACCUUUCACGAUAAAAAGUUAUCCUUUGAUGCAAAAAAGUCUGAACAACUUGAAGAUAUCAGCAAAAUAACUCCAAAGGAAAUAGUAAAUUUUUAUAAAUUUCAAGCUAAUAAAAAACUAAUAAAAAAUUUAAAGGAAAAAUUGGACAAUCUAACUCAAAACAAUAAACAAAUGUUACAAGAGAUUAAUGAUUGCUUUAAAAGAAUAGAUGAUAACAUCCAAAGUAUAAAUGAUGAAGUAUAUGUUAAUAAGUUUGGUGAUCAAACAAACAGAACCAUAUCAAUAAAUGUACUAAGAAGUAAUUUAACAACUCUUUUAAAUGAUCUUAAUAACGAAUGCGAAUAA